AUGGAAGAAUUAAUGAAAUUGAUGAUGGUGGUACCACAAUUUGAGCCCAGCAUCGAGACAUGGGCAAUAUGGCGCGAAAAACUAGACAUUCACUUAGCUGAAAUAAAAUGUGAAGAAGAGGAAGAAAAGAAGAAUGUGUUGCUGAAGACGGUGGGUACGGCCGCAUAUAGUACACUACACAGUUUAUGUAGUCCGAAAACUCCUCGACAAAAAACUUUUAAAGAAUUGUGCCUAAUUUUAGAGACACAUUAUACGCCCCCAGUAAUUGUGUUCCAAGAACGAAAAAAGUUUCAUCUAUCCAAACAAUUAGAUAGCGAAACAGCGGCAGAGUGGUACACUCGUGUAAAAAAGCUUGCGUUAACCUGCAAAUUUGCAGAAAAUUUAAAUGCAUUCAUUUUAAAUCAAUUUAUCGUUGGGGCAAAGACCAAAAUAUACGAAAAAUUGUGUGAAGAAACUGAAACUAUUACUUGUGAAGAGGCUUUAAGAAAAGCAAUGGUUCUGGAGUGCAAAAUGGCGGCAAAGGCCGAAAAUAAAAAUGAGGUUAGCGUGAAUUUCAUGAAAAAGAAGAAAAAUUACAACAAAGAUGCGAGUCAAUCUAACAAAAACGAGCGAAAAACGUGUAGUCAUUGCGGUUGGCGUAACCAUGAGUCCGAAAAAUGCAAAUUCAAGAAAAGCAAAUGCAAUUCAUGCGGUAAAAUUGGACAUCUUGCUUCUGUAUGCCGGAUGAAAGUACAAUUAAAUUACGUAUCUAAUAGUAGUAAGGUUGAAGAUGAUUGCAAAGAUGAUAUUUUUAAUUAUUCUAUUUUUAGUGUAAAUGAUCAAAAGCCGAAUGAGGUGUAUUCUCUUUCUGUGUCGUUUGAUGGUAUUGAGGUUAGAGCAGCCUGCGAUACAGGUGCACCGUGUACGCUGAUAUCAGAGAAAUUUUUCAAACAACAUUUUAACAAAACUAUUCGUAAGUGUAACACACCCUAUCUUGAUUAUAGUGGUGAUCGCAUACAAAUUGUUGGUGAGUACAAUGCACAGAUUAUGUACUUGGGUAUUAAGAAAGAGAUUACUGUAGUUGUGACCAAACAUGAUAACCCACCUCUGUUAGGUAGAUCAUUUUUACGCGCGUUCAAUUUUGAACUUUUACAAGUCAAUUCAAUUAACAAUCUUACUAAAGAGGAGUUAGCUCGAAAUAUUAAGAGUGAAUUUUCAAAUGUUUUUCAAGACUCACUUGGUAAAUACAAUGUGAGCAAAGUAUCUUUAUCUAUUAUUGAAGGUUCGAAACCAAUUUUUUUUAAACCGCGUCCAUUGCCAUUGGCAUGGAAAGACAAAGUCGAAACAAAAUUACGUGAUUUAAUAAAACAAGGAGUUCUUGAGUUGGUUGAUCAUUCUGACUGGGGUACACCUUUAGUCCCAGUCUUGAAGCCAAACGGUGAUUUGAGAAUAUGUGCUGAUUACAAAGUAACUUUGAACAAGUAUUUAGUUGACGUAAAAUAUCCAUUGCCGCGUAUUGAAGAAAUUUUUGCAUCUCUACAAGGUGGGGAAUUGUUUACUAAGCUCGAUUUAUCGAAUGCGUAUAACCAAUUAGAGUUAGAUAAAGCAUCACAAUUAUUAUGUACGUGGAGUACACACAUAGGCACUCUCAAAGUCACUCGUUUGCCGUUUGGUAUCAAGCCUGCAGCUGCAAUAUUUCAAAAAGCUAUUGAAAGCUUAUUGCGUAACAUCGCAAACGUCGUAGUUUAUCAAGAUGAUAUUACUAUUACAGGCAAAAAUAUGGAAGAGCAUAUAAAAACUUUAAGACUUGUAUUGGAGAAAUUAAGAUCAGCGAACUUAACUUUAAAUUCGAAAAAGACAGUUUUCUUUCAAGAAAAAAUCACCUAUCUAGGAUUUUCCAUAGAUAAGAACGGUUUAACCAAAACUGAUGAAAGAAUAAAAAGCGUAAAAGAUGCCCCUAUUCCUAAAAAUAUUUCUGAAGUAAAAGCCUUUGCGGGCAUGCCUCCUUUAGUAAAGCAAAAAAUUAUUGAAAAACAAGAGAUUAGUGAACGCAACUACCGUGGAAAACGUGAAUUAGAACUGAGUCAGGGUCAAAAAGUUUGGAUUCGUGACUACAGUAAUCCCAAUAAAGCUAGCUGGUCUCCAGGUACAAUUCGAGAACAGUUAGGCCCUAGGUCAUACUGCUGUACAUUGUUAAAUAAUAGAACAAUCAAAAGACAUCUUAAUCAAAUUCGACCACGCAACUCUAAUGAAGCGUCUGAAUCGGCAAACACCAUUGAAGUAUCUGAAUCAGAAGCUACUUCAAACAAUAGCGCUAAUAGUGAAGGUAGCAUUAGUACUGACGCUGAGGCUAAUCCCAAUACUUUGGUUAUAAAUGACCAAUCUACCAGCAAAAGUAGUAAUGAAACUAGCACUAAAGAGAAUACGCCUCAGACGGUUGAUGAUAUAACACCUAAGAGUGCCUUAAGACCACGCCAAGACGGCAAAGCCGUAAAAAAAUAG